GAAAUCAGAGUACAAACCAGCCGAGCAGCGCGACCGAGAUGACCCACUUUUCGGUUUUCGCACCAACUGCUAUCCGAAAAAAUUGUGCUUCUAAAUGGAAUUAAAUUGAAUUUUUUUUGUGAAAAGCAGUUGUUAACUAAACUCGCGCCUAAUAUAUGUAGCUUAGUUUCGAUAUUAUGUACAACUCGUAGCCGUAGCCUAGUGUAAACUCUAUGCAUUUAUGUGAAUUCGCCAGAGGAAACGUGGAAGAGGAAACUUGGCAUAGGCGACCUGAAAAAGCACCAGCAGUGAGCAAGAAGAAGCACCAGAAGCAGCAAAAAAGUCGUCAUAGGGGCAGCCACAGCAUGCCGUACGAGUCGAUGCACCACCAUCAGUCGGCGGCCGCUGCCGUGGCCGCUGGCACCGCUCCCAACGGAAUGCUGGACUCCCUCAGCCUCCAGCUGCGGGACUCGGAAAUGCGACGCACAGAGAUUGAACGGGCGCAUCAGGAAACCCUGGCACAAAUUCGCAAUCUAAGCGGAAGCGCUCGUCCCGAUGCCGAGGCGGUUGAGAACCUACAGUCGAGAGCCCGUGAACUGGAAAAGAAGGUUUCGCUGGAAAACGUGCACUGCGAGGAGCUGCAAAUCGAACUGUCGGCCGCCUUGAAGGCCAAGGCAGCGCGUUCGGGCCAAUCCUCCCACAUGGGCAGUGGCGCUACGGGGUCCGGCGGUGGACUCAUUCCAACAUCGGCUAGCAGUUCCACCGUCACAUGGGCACCGACAAUCAGUCACCAGGACCAAGGCUCGGAGAUUGAUAUCAUAAUGGCAAAGAUUGAGCAGGAUAAUCGUGUGCUGGCCGAGCUGGAGCAGCCUCGCACCUCGGCCAGCGCCAGCAUGUCAGCAUUGCCGCCCAGUUCCAUGUUGAGCACGGUAAAUAGCGAAUUUAGAACCAUAUCAAAGAGUGAACUCGAAGAAGAACUGAAUCGUUAUAAAAGGGCCGUAUUAGGCGGCACCUCGAGCGGCUGCGUCUCGGCUUUAUCCUCCGGCUAUUCGAGUCUGCCGCACUCCCUGGCCUCCACGCUGCCCAAUGGUGCCAGCACCAGUUUGAGCGGCGCCAGCGUUGGCUCGCAGAGCGUGGCCGCCGCCGUUGGAGCUGGAGCUGGGAGUAGUGGCCUCCAAUCCAUAUCGGCCCUGGUGCCCAACUCAAUCAGCGGCAUAUCCUCGAGUCUAAGCAGCCAUGCCAUACAAUCACUGAACGCGGCCGCCUACGGCGGCAUUGGCCAGAGCUCCGUAGAGAAGCUGCUGAGCGGUACUAGUGGCAUCACUGGCAUCCCACCAUUGCCGGUAAAUAUUCACACGAUGAAGGCUAUGCCAACGGCAUUAAGUCAGCGCGGAACAAUACAACUGUACAAUUUACAGAGCACAACCAUGCCCCUCCUGUCACUCAACUCGCAUAACCUGCCGCCCGCUGGCUCGAGCAGCUACUCCGGUCUGGGGCUGGGUGGCAGCGGUGGCGCCGCCGGCUCCUCGCUGACGCAUCCCACCCUGGGCAACAUCAGCAUGCUCGAUACCAGCGCCCUGCUGGGCGCGGCCGGACUUGGUCUGGGCGCCGGGCCAAGCGGCAGUGGCAUCACGGGCGCCACAUCGCUGUAUGGCCUGAGUGCCGGAGCCGCCGGAGGAUUGGGCAGCUCGUAUGGUCCACCGUUUCUAGAUGUGGCCUCGAGCGCCUCGUAUCCGUUCACGUCGGCUGCCCUGCGUCAGGCCUCCAAGAUGAAGAUGCUGGAUGAGAUCGAGAUACCACUGACCCGGUACGGCAACCGGAGCUCACCCUGCUCGCCAAUACCGCCCAGCAAUUGGGGUCUGGACGAAUUCGCAGAUGGCCUGAGCCUCUGCAUGAUGCACAAUCGGGGUGGCCUGGCGCUGGGUGCCCUGGAUCUCGACACUCGAAAUCAUGGCUUGAAUGGAGCCAGCGAACCGCAAGUGGAUAUGCUGGAUAUUCCUGGAAAGGGCCGCUGCUGCGUGUUCAUAGCCCGUUUUCCGUACGAUCCACCCGAGGAGGCUGAGGGCGAGCUGUCUCUCUGCACCGGCGACUAUCUUCUGGUGUGGACCAGCGGCGAGCCCCAGGGUGGCUAUCUGGAUGCGGAGCUACUGGAUGGACGACGCGGCCUAGUGCCCGCUUCAUUUGUACAGCGCCUAGUGGGCGACGAUCUGCUGGAAUUCCAUCAGGCGGUUCUAUCGACACUGCGCGAUGCCGAGGACGGCUCGAUGCAGUGCGACACAACGUCGCUGCCCUCCUUGCCGCCGCACAACCCAUUGCUCACACACACCCACGAGGACCUGGCACGUUUGAGUGAGACGCACACCGAUCUGGAGCACGACCAGGAUGACAUUAGCGAUAAUGUUCCAGCACCCAAACACUUGACGCUGGAACGGCAGCUGAAUAAGAGCGUGCUCAUUGGCUGGUCACCACCGGAGCCAGUGGGCUACAAUCUCAUCGAGAGCUAUCAUGUCUAUGUGGAUCGUGUGCUGAAGGUCUCUGUGAAGGCUAAUGAACGCACACGCGCACUAAUCGAGGGCGUUGACUCCACACGGCCGCAUCGCAUCAGCGUGCGGAGCGUGACCCAGAAUCGGCAGACGUCCCGGGACGCCGCCUGCACCAUGAUCAUCGGGCGAGACACAUCACAUCUGGGCCCCUCGGCGGUGCGCGCCUCGCACAUAACGUGUUCCUCGGCGGUCAUCUCGUGGCAGCCGGCCAAUUCCAACCACCAGCACGUGGUGUGUGUGAACAAUGUGGAGGUGCGCACCGUCAAGCCGGGCAUGUAUAGGCACACCAUCACCGGUCUGGCGCCGAGCACCCAAUACCGGGUGACCGUUCGGGCCAAGCAUCUGCGGGCGGUGGGGCAGCAGACACCCCAGACGCCGGGCAGGCCCGGACAGGAGGAGGCACCCGGUGCCUAUGCAGAUUUCCGCACCCUCACCAAGGGCCUGCCCGAUCCGCCGCAGGAGAUUCAGCUUGAGGCUGGGCCACAGGAUGGUACCAUUCUGGUGACAUGGCAGCCGGUCGCCAGGCCCACCGCGACUGGGCCUGUUACCGGCUAUGCUGUGUACGCCGAUGGUAAGAAGGUCACCGACAUCAAUUCGCCCACCGGCGACCAUGCCCUCAUCGACAUCGGCAAGCUGGGCGUCUUCAAUCCGCGGGCCGUGACCAUACGCACCAAGUCACGGGACUCCCAAUCGGCGGACAGUGCGCCCAUCUUGAUACCAAACACUGUGCGCAAUGCCGUUGCUCGCCGGGGACCAAAUCAGAUGGGCAUGGGUCCGCAGCUGCCGCAGGGGCCACACGGCAUGCAGCAGCAGAUGGGGGGCAUGCCCGGGCAGGUGGGACAGCAGCAGCAGCCGCUUAUGAUGGGCCAACAGGAUCCUCACGGUCAGUACGAUCCCAACCACAUGCAACAGCAGCAGCAGCAGCAGCAGCAACAGGGCAUGCAGCAGGGCAUGCAGCAGGGCAUGCAGCAGGGGAUGCAGCAGGGACAGCAGCCCGGUCAGCCGGGUCAUCAGCCCGACGGAGGCUCCGGCUUGUUAGGUGGCCUGCUCGGUGGCCUCUUCUCGAAACCCACACAGAGUCAAGUGAACCAGAAUGGAUACCAGCCGGGGGCAGCAGGAGCUCAGCGUGGCAUGGCGCCUUUGCCGGGCAGACCGCAGGGGCCACAGCAGCAGCAGCAGCAGCAACAGCUACAGCAGCAGCAGCAGCAGCAGUACGGUCCUCAGGGCCCCAGAGGAGGGCCACGCUUUCGAGGACCAGUUCCCGGGCAGAUGAACAUGCAGGGUCAGCAAAUGCAAGGUCAGAUGCCUGGACAGAUGCAGGGUCAGAUGCAGGGUCAGAUGCAGGGUCAGAUGCCUGGACAGAUGCCUGGACAGAUGCAGGGUCAGAUCCAGGGUCAGAUGCCUGGACAGAUGCCUGGACAGAUGCCUGGACAGAUGCCGGGACAGAUGCCUGGACAGAUGCCUGGUCAGAUGCCUGGUCAGAUGCAAGGUCAGAUGUCUGGUCAGAUGCCCGGACAAAUGCCCGGACAGAUGCCAGGACAAAUGCCCAAUCAGAUGAUGGGUCCACGUGGUCCCCUCAACCAGCAGCAACAGCAACAGGGCCAGCACCAACCUGGCGGCCAGCAGCCGGGACAACAGCAGCAGCAACAGCAGAAGAAACCCCGCUACUUUGUUGCCAUGUUCGACUACGAUCCAUCGACCAUGAGUCCCAAUCCCGAUGGAUGCGACGAAGAACUGCCGUUCCAAGAGGGUGAUACGAUCAAGGUCUUUGGUGAUAAGGAUUCCGAUGGCUUCUACUGGGGCGAGCUGGCCGGUCGGCGAGGCUAUGUGCCGCACAACAUGGUCUCCGAGUUGGAGGACACAGCGGCACCGAUGGCUGCAGGUGGUCAGAUGCCUGGUGCCAUGCAGGGCGCCGUUGGCGGCCAAGCUCAGGUGAUGCCAGGUCAGGUAGUGCCCCAACAGAGCAUGCGCAACGUGAGCCGCGAUCGUUGGGGCGACAUCUAUGCGAACAUGCCGGUGAAGCGGAUGAUUGCCCUCUACGACUACGAUCCUCAAGAGUUGAGUCCCAAUGUGGAUGCCGAGCGCAGGGCAAGCCGUGCGGGGAGUGGUCUUAUGGGUGGUCUGUUGGGUAGUUUUCUGCCAGGCUUCCGCCAGGACGUGGCAAGUGAACAGGUGGAACUGUGCUUUAAGACGGGCGAGAUCAUUUUGGUCUACGGUGAGAUGGAUGAAGAUGGUUUCUACAUGGGCGAACUGGACGGCGUACGAGGCCUGGUGCCGUCUAACUUCCUGGCCGAUGCGCCCGACCAGUACAACAACCAGAUGGGUCCCAGCGGCUCGGCCGGCCGUGGUGGGCUCAGUCAGCGGGGCAGGGGCCAGGGACCCGGUGCGAGAGGACCACCGCCGCCGCCGCGGGAUAAUAUGAUGCCUGGCGCGGCCGGGCGUGGUCAACCAGGUAAAAAUGCUCGCCCUGCUUCCCCUACACUGUUAGACAACACGGGCCAUCCUGCCCCCGAUCACCAAACGCAGGGGAUGAUCGGCCGCGUUGGUAAUCAGCAGCAGCAGCAGCCGUACGGUCAGCAACAGACGCAAAUGGGACAACAGCAACAGCAGCAGCAGCAGCAACAACAGCAGCAGCAGCAGACACAGCAACAGCAAAUGGGACAACCUGGAAUGAUGGGCAUGGGCCAGCAGCCGCAACAGCAGAUGGGGCAACAGCAGAUGGGACAGCAGCCAAUGGGCGGCAUGGGACAGAUGGGGCAAAUGGGCCAAAUGGGUAUGGGAGGACAACAGCAGCAGCAACAGCCGCCGGUCACGACGCAGGCGCAAACGGGUGGCCUGUUCUCCGGCGCGACUAGCCUGCUCUCUGGUGCUACUUCGGCUGCCACCGGUGGUCUAUUUGGGUCGAAGCAACCGCCCAAAACGGAUCCAAUGCAACCACCCGGCGGUGUGCAGCCAACGCAGCAACAAGCAAAUGCCUUUGGUGCACAGCCCGGGAUGCAACAGCAGGGCAUGCAACAGGGUAUGCAACAGGGCAUGCAACAGGGUAUGCAGCAACAGGGUAUGCAGCAACAGGGCAUGCAACAGCAGGGUAUGCAACAGCAGGGCAUGCAACAGCAGGGUAUGCAGCAACAGGGCAUGCAGCAGGGCAUGCAACAAGGCAUGCAACAACCGCAACAGCAGCAACAACAAGUGCCACCGCAAGCCCAGCCCCCGCCGCAGGGCGGCGGUCUGCUGGGCGGCCUCAAGGGCAUUGCAGCGGCGGCGCCCGGCGGCGAUGUCCUCUCGAAAGGCAAAGAUCUAUUUGGCAAAUUUGGGUUCGGCUUUGGCAAAUAACCCCGGUCAUUCCAUAGGGUCCUGUUAUAUUAUUCGUAGAUUAGACCUAUUAUUACUACUAUGAUUAUGAUUAUAAUUAUUGCUACUGAUUAUAAUUAUGAUUACUAAGCUAAUAUAAAACAAAAACCAACAAAAACGCUAAGAAUGAUAACAAAAACAUAAAAAUUAAAUAAAAUGAAACCCAAAUCCCCGGUCCACAGUGGGCUAAUGUGAAAGUUGUUGUUGUUGUUGAUAUGAUAAAACAAAAACAAAAAACAAAAACAAAUGAUAAAAACUGCAACUAAUAGUACUAAUGGUAAUAUUUUUUAUUAAUUAAAUUGAUAGAAAAAUAUUAUGAGUGACAGACAACAACAGCAGCAGCAUCCCAGGGCAGCCACAAAGGAAAAUCCGACAAAUGAAUUGUUGUAAAAUUAUUUAACAAAUACAGAAAGAAAAAAAAAACAGAAUCAAAACCCAUUAUCCCAAA